UGUACGUUGGAUUUCAAUUGAAGAGUGACGUGACACCAGCGACGAUACAUUGUUGAGUUUGAGUUUGAGUGAGUUCGGUUCCUUCCUUAUUCCUUUCCUCCUUCUGUCUUCACCACCACCUCACUACACACGCUUCUCUCUUUUGCUUCACAACCAGGAUACCAUACUUGUCAUUGUUACCAUAUGCUGGAGCUGAAGUAGUGCCCUUUCUAUACGACUGUAGGUCCUACCAUUAAGGGGUUCAGUUUGUUUGAUUUCUAGCCUACAGUGGUGUUAUUGGGUGUAAAAGUCAAUCUGCUGGUUUAGAACCCAGUUUCUACAAUGAUUCUAUCCGCCCUUUUAACUUCCGUUGGAAUUAAUCUUGGCCUCUGUUUUUUGUUUUUCACCCUAUAUUCCAUAUUGAGAAAGCAGCCUGGUAAUAUCACUGUCUAUGCACCACGCUUAGUUGUUGAAGGAAAAGUUAAAGAGGGUGGUCAUUUUAACUUGGAAAGGUUGUUACCUAAUGCUGGUUGGGUGAGACAAGCAUGGCAGCCUUCUGAGGAAGAUUUUUUAUCAAAUUCAGGCUUAGAUGCUUUCGUCUUCAUGCGCAUAUUUAUCUUCAGUUUAAAAGUAUUUUCUUUUGGUGGAAUCAUUGGCACGUUCAUUCUUCUUCCAAUUAAUUAUAUGGGGAGUCAGCUUAGUGAUGAUUCAGAUUUUCAGCACAAGUCUUUGGACUCAUUCAGUAUUUCUAAUGUCAACAAUGGUUCAAACAGGUUAUGGGUCCAUUUUUCUGCUGCAUAUAUUUUCACUGGAAUUGUUUGCUAUCUUCUUUAUUAUGAGUAUUUGUACCUUUCAUCAAAAAGAAUUACUUAUUUCUAUUCAUCCAAGCCUCAGCCUCAGCAGUUUACCUUAUUAGUUCGUGGUAUUCCUGUUCUUCCGGGAAGUACAUGUCAUGAUACUGUUGAGCGUUUUUUCCAAGAGUAUCACCCUUCUACGUAUCUCUCACAUUCGGUGGUCCGUCGAACCAACAAAUUACAAAGUCUUGUUAAUGAUGCAGAUAAACUUUACAAAAAGCUUACCCAUCUGAAACAAAAAAAUGAUGCUCCUGAAAGGCAGAGGCGUGAUGGGUGUUUGGGACUUUUUGGCCGUAAAGUUGAUACUUUAGAUCACUAUGAAAGGAGUUUGGGUGAUAUUGAAGAUAAUGUGAGAAUGGAACAGUCCUCACUAGAAGCGAAGGAACUUCAAGCUGCCUUCGUCUCAUUUAAGACACGAUUUGGUGCUGCAAUAGCUUUACACAUUCAAGAAAGUGUCAAUCCCACGGAAUGGAUUACUGAGAAAGCUCCUGAGCCUCAUGAUGUUUAUUGGCCUUUCUUUACCGUUUCAUUUAUUAAAAGAUGGAUCAGCAAGCUGGUAGUUUAUGUUGCAUGUGCUUUUAUUACAGUUUUGUUUUUGAUACCAGUUGCAAUAGUACAAGGUCUUACCCAUCUGGAUCAAUUGGAAAUGUGGUUCCCGUUUUUGAAAGGCAUACUAAGACUGUCAAUUGUGAGCCAAGUUAUAACAGGAUACCUUCCCAGUUUGAUUCUUCAGUUGUUUCUGUCAUUUGUUCCACCUACUAUGAUUAUGCUUUCAUCCUUGCAAGGAUACAUUUCAUGGAGUCAAAUACAAAAAAGUGCAUGCACUAAAGUAUUGUGGUUUACCAUUUGGAACAUUUUCUUUGCAAAUGUCCUAUCAGGGUCAGCUCUCUAUCGAGUAAAUGUCUUUCUUGAGCCAAAAGAGAUUCCCAGAAUACUAGCGGAAGCUGUACCAUCCCAGGCAUCCUUCUUCAUAGCUUAUGUUGUGACUUCUGGAUGGACCGCUAUAGCAUCAGAACUCUUUCGAUUGACUACACUUCUUUCCAAUUUUAUAAGUAGAACUUUUUGUAGAAAUAAUGAUGAUGAUUUUGAGCCCCCUUUAAUUCCUUACCAUAGCGAAAUUCCCAGGAUUCGUCUCUUUGGUGUUCUUGGUGUAACAUACUUCAUACUUGCUCCACUGAUACUGCCAUUUCUCUUGAUCUACUUUUGUUUGGGAUACAUCAUUUUCCGCAAUCAGGUUUGCAAUUUGCAUAUUGCUUCUUUUCCCUUCAGAGUACAUGCAAUUCUGUUCCUUUUUUUGUUGUAUGAUAUGCAUUUAUAUGAUGUAUUUCUAAGACAAUUGGAAAUCAGAUUACCUGUUUGUUAAAAGUGCACGCUGGGAAUUCCCACUUAAAAUUGAAAAAAAAUAAGACAAAGGAUAUAAUAUUGAUUGAAUUGUUAAUAUGUUCGCCAUAAAGGCUCACUUGCUGUAGUAGUUCACAACUGCUUUUUAUACUUAUGGGAGGAGGAUGGCGGCAAAAAGUUUAAAUAGAACAUCUUGAACUUGUACAUGAUUGUGGCUUUCAGUCUCCCCGUUGGUUGUUCUUUCUCUAGGCCAUUGUACAAUAUUCUCUUCAGUGUAAAAACUAAUAUUUCUUAAUUAGAUAAAUGGUUAAUUUACUCUUUUUUGCUGUUGCAAAACUGAGAGAAGAUGAUAUUGUAGAAUAGAACAAUGCGUUCCUAAAAUUUAUCUUUUGCAAUUGAUAUUGGUUUGUAGAUUCUAUUAAAUGAUAGUCUUCCAGGGGAAAAUCAUUUUAUGGAUAGUGCUCUCAGCUCUGUGUUUUAACCAACAAUUUUAUUUGCAACUUUCCCUACCCUUACUAUCUUCACUUCUGCAUAAAGGGGAAAAAAUUGGUGAUCAUAUUUCCAUCUGAUGCUUAUAGUUUCAUCCAUAAAAUCAAAUUAACUUAAUUUUAUUUGGAGUUCUCUCUGAUAUGACUUUAGAGGUGUAAAAGGGUCAGUUGAUGGCCAUCUAGAGAUGAAACUUGGAAGCAGGAGUUCAUGGUGUCUUGAAUAAAUGGUUGAUAUUAUUUAUUUCAUUUUUAUUCCUAAUUUUAGUGAUGUCUUAAAUAUCUUUUGGUGACAGCUGUUGAAAGUUUAUGUGCCAAAGUAUGAGACUGGAGGAAAGUUUUGGCCUACAGUGCACAGCUCCACAAUUUUUUCAUUGAUACUGAUGCAUAUAAUAGCUAUUGGUAUUUUUGGUUUGAAGAAGCUUCCUCUAGCAUCCAUAUUGAUUCUUCCUCUUCCAAUUCUCACACUUCUAUUCAAUGAGUAUUGCCAGAAACGGUUCUUCCCUAUAUUCAAGAAUUAUUCUGCUGAGUGUUUGAUUAAGAAGGACAGAGCAGACCAAAACGAGCAUAAUAUGUCUGAAUUUUAUGACAAGUUGGCCAAUGCAUACAAUGAUCCAGCUCUGAUGCGAGUGAAAUAUUCUGAAAGGUCUGAUAGUCACAGAUCUCCACUUCUUCAUAGUUCUGAAUAGUUCAUAGCUACAUUUGUAUGGCCUUGGCUGCAACUGUAUAUAAGGCAAUGUAUUUUCACUUUGACCGCACUGAUUUGGUUGUCCUUGAUGAAGCAUGUCUGUUGUUUUCUUGUAAAUUGUUAGAAUUGAUAAUGUGUUUGUAACGAGUGUGGAAACUUGUAACAUUAGUAUAAGUCAUUGCAAGGCCUUGUUUGUGAGCACUAGCAUUCAUUGUGAAAAGAAAUAUAGUAACUGACUAAAAGUGUAAUAGGUAGGGUCUGAUAAAAAGGCAAAAUUUUCUC